GAGGGACGACAACGGUAUGGAGAUGCCAGUACUGCGGCGCAGCGUUCGGUACCUACGAGAUGGCGGAUCGGCAUGAACAGACAGUGUGUCCACGUCGACCCGGGGCUGCUGGCGGCGGGAUGCCCUACCAGCAGAACCCCUACCAGCAGAUGCAGCAGAGCCCGUACGGAGGCGGGAUGCCCCAGCAGCAGUUUGCGCAGGCCCCGCAGCAACAGCAGCCGCAGCUGAUGCGGUGCGGCCGCUGCCAGCAGGUCUUCGGCAUCCCACCAGGGCACGCCCAGGUGAAGUGCCCCAAGUGCAUGACGGUGAACGCCUGCCCCGCACCGGCUGCCGCCCCACAGCCGUCCAUCCCGACGAUGGUGUACAACCAGCCCCUCGGCGUGCAGCAGGCGGCCACGGUGGGCCAGCCCGGCCCGCCGCCCUCGGGCCGCAAGAAGGCGCUCCUCGUCGGCAUCAAUUACCCGAGGACCUCCGCGGAGCUGAGGGGGUGUAUCAACGACGUGCAGCGGAUGUCCGGCGUGUUGACUCAGAUGUAUGGGUUCUCCAGCGUUAA